UCUGGACAGUGCUAAAAACUAUGCUGCUCAUGAGCUUGUAAUGACAGAAAAGAGAACUUCAUUUGAUCAAAUUUAUUAUACCGUACAUGAUUUACAGGAUAUACAGAAAUGACUGUUUGGGAAGAUAAAGUGCGGGAACUUGCCAUCGGCGAGAUAAAACGAUAUGAGGUUUCAGAGAUGGAAUUUCAUUUUCCAUGGAGGCCAUUUCUGCAAAAUUUGUCCAAAGACUCAUCAAAUAAAUGGGCUGCACACAUUAAAGAGUUUGGUUCCUACAUCAAGAAGUUGGAAUGGAAAGAUGUAAAGUUUGAGGAAGUUGAAAUUCUUUCUCAUUUUCUGCCAAAACUGUUUACUGUUUUAGACUCCAAAGAUUUAGGAUGCAGAGCUGUGAGAGGAAUCCUUCAAAGUUUACCAGCUCUUUACCAUGAAAACAUAGUGAAUACCAUGGCAACCCUACUCUGUGAAACCAUAGCAGCAGUGGAUAACACAGACAAACAGCAGAUACAAAAUAUGCUUUGUAUGCUUCGGACUCAUCUUGAAAAUUUCAAACUAGGAGAAGAAUGUGUUAAACAAGAGGUUGUUGUUGUGAUGACCUUUUUGGCAGAAUCAUUAGCUGUUCUGGUUUCAUAUAGUAGAUCUGAUAGCAGUACUCUACUUCAAAGUCAGGCUAUGCAGCAAUGCCUAGUGCUAAUAAAAACAGGUUUGACUGUCAUACAGAAGUGUUCAUCCUCUAUUAGUAGUAGAAUUGAAGCAAGGUGUAUGGAAACCAUAUCAUCCCUUGAGACUUUGCUAAGACUUCUUGCAACUAUUCUCAAAACAGACAUGUUCUUAGCUGACUGCCGAAGUGCUGCUAGUCUGAUGUUUGCUUUGAUCUGUAAAACAUGGAUUCCGUCAGGGAAACAUCUUGUUGAUAUGGUAGCAUCAAUGUUUCAUUAUUCCCAGACUCCAGCUGUUGAAUCAAGCCAUCUCCAUCAGCUCACCUGUGAUCUAUGUCAGAGUGUACCUGAUCUCUCUUGUUUGUAUCUAUGCCAUGGGUUUAUAGUGAUGUUAGAACCACAGGAUCUGAUCCAGGAUCUUGGUCAGGGUAACACAUUGAUGUUAGAUGUGUUCUUCCCUCGUAUUCAUCAACUCACACAACGCCUUGCUAAUUCUAGUUCAUCAUUAGCAGCAGCCAGAACGCUGUGUCAAUGGGUGGAGGUAACAGUGAAUGCGGUAGAAUCAACGCAUUUCAUGAGUACCCUCUCUGGUCCAUCACCUAUUCCUCAGAAUCUCCUCAUGUAUGUAAUGACCCAUUGGGACCAUCCGAUCGAUGGUAUCCGUCAUCAGACCAAAGCAAUAUUUGAAGGUGUAAUGAAGCUACAUGUCAAGUCUCUUGUUAGCGUUGCUGCACACCAGGACGCUUUCACACUGGACAUACUAUCCACUCUGGUAAACAGUGAUUGGCAUACAAGAGGAAAGUAUGGAGUGUUAGGAUGUAUGGUUGAGGUUGUAGGAGCAUCUAAUGUUAUCAACCUUUAUCCUGGUAUUCUCCAACAACUUCUGACAGUGAUGAGUGAACAUGCCAUGGCAACACAUUCAUGUGAAGUAAUAGAGAAACUCUUCAACCAACACAAGAAAGAAUUGGAACAGAUGAAGGGUAAUGUUUCUCUCGUGUGGAAUGAAACUUGGAUUAUACCAAUCCUAGAUGUAUUGAGUGACCAAACCAAACCAAACAAACAAAAAGGAUUCAUUAUUGAUUAUCUGAUCCCCAAGCUCCUGAAAUGUCAUCCAACAAGCCUUGAAUUCAUCAUACAACACCUGAGCUGUGAGGAUUCUUCUUCUGCUCCAAGAAAGGAAAAAGACAAACCUACCAGUGAUGCCUUCCAGCCUAGUAGAUCACCCUCUGAUGGUGGGAGAUUAGGGGCUCUUUUGUCUUGUCUGAAGAUGGCUAGAUCACUGGGGUUGCUUAGGAGUGUUCAAGAUAACACAAAGAAGAAGAAACGAAACAAGGACUUGGGUGGAGAAGAGCAGAACAAAAAAGAGAAAUCAGAUUUGAAAGAAAUGGAAGAUGAUAAAUCAAGAGUAUGGAAGGGCCUUGUUCCGGUUAGACUUCUCUAUCAAGCUGUGUGCCACUCCACUCAUCAGAUUCGUAUUGAUACCAUUGGUCUUCUGUGUGACUCUAACAAGACAACGGAGGACGUCUCAGAGAUGGAUCUUUCACUUCUUAUCUUUGCUCUUGCCUUCAAUCUCAACAAUCCCUCUCCAUCAUUCAGGCAACAGUUUAUCAGUCAUAUUAAGAAACUUCUCGUUCGCUUGAGGGAAAGUGGAAGAAUCCUUUCAAUGAAAUCCCAGAGAGCCGGAGAUUCCAAUGAUAAUUCUUCAGGAUUGCAUAUCAAGUAUAAGGAAUUCCUUGAAUGGUUGUGUUCAUUGAUGUUUGACAAUCUGAGUCCAGGGUUUGGUUACCCAUGUCGAGCUACCUCACUUCAAAUCUUAACAGCUAUCCAUUCAACCUUUAAUGGGUCAAGCAGUGGUCUGUUUGACACAUCAUUGUUAUGGUGUAGAAACAGAGUUAAUCUCCUUGUGAUGAGACUAAUGGAUAACUAUGAGAGCAAUAGGAUCAUGGCCUUUGACCUCUUAGCUAGUCUUCCACAAGACAUUCUUGGAUUACAGGAUGCUCAAGAGCUUGAAGAUUGCUACAGAGUUGCAUACAAUCUUGCUGUCAGCAACAAACCUUACAACUGUGAAACAGCAGCCUUUGUCUUCAGACUUCUCAUCAGACAAACCCAACCUAGUCUCCAUACCAGUCUAUCAAAAAACAGCAAUACAGAGGCAAAAGAGAACCAACCCCAAGCUAGACUUGAUGUUAGGAGUUCCACAGAAUCCAACACAAUCUGUGUUAUUCAGAACCUAUGUGAUACUCUUGAAGGACAGGUAGAAGUGGCUGGAGAGAGUCUAUUAGAGGCUGCUGUACAGGGCCCUAUGUAUGGAUUGUUGCAUUGUUUGAGGAUUCUGCUAAGAGACACAGAUCUUAGAACGGUGCAAAUGGCUGAUGCUUGGAAGUGUAUUAUUACAAGGUUCAUUCAGCUUUGUUUUGAUGUUGCUGAAGUGGCUGCCACAGUGGUAUGCAACUCUUCUCCUGAGGGAUUCAUUCCAUCUGAACAGAAACAAGAAUGUCCUUCAGUGGAAGAGGAUGAACCAAGCAGUAAACUGGAGACAUUCCAUGUGACUCCUCAGAUGAUUCUUGUCUGUUGUUGGAGGAGUAUGAAGGAGGUGUCUUUACUCCUUGGUGAAUUAAGUCAAAGAACACCCAUGGAGGAUGGUGAUAGUGAAGGACUUAUCACUAGUGCACAGAUGGAUUCUAUUGGGAAUUUCUUUAUGAAGCUACUUAGAGAAUCCAAGCACAGAGGAGCAUUUGAAUUGGCUUAUGCUGGUUUCAUUCAACUUACUACUAGGAUAUGGAGUGAACCAAGCAGUAUUGAUGGUCUGCCGCAACAAUGGUUGUCAGAAUUGCUUCAAGAGAUCACAAGCAACCAAUCUAUGUUAUGUGCAACAAGACGAAGUGCUGGAAUCCCAUUCGCUAUUCAGGCCCUCCUGUUACCUGAGCCUAAAGAAGUUGGCAAACCUCUCUUUCAUCAUACCAUGACGACAUUGCUAGAAUUGGCACAACCAUCAUCUGACAUUCAGGAUCACACAGCUCGGGUACAUGCUCUGAACAUUCUGCGAGCUCUAUUCCGUGAUACCAAAUUAGGUCAAGAGGUUCUACCUUAUAUUGGUGAUGGAGUCAAAGCUGCUAUUUUAGGAUUUGCUGCCAAACUUUGGGCUGUGCGUAAUUCAGCCACGAUGCUAUUUAGUGCCCUCAUAUCUAGAAUAUUUGGAGUCAAGAGAGCAAGAGAUGAACUGGCAAGGAAGAAUUGCAUGACUGGUAGAGAAUUCUUCUCCAGAUUUCCAUCGCUUCAUAGUUUCCUCUUAGAGCAGUUCCAACAUGCACAAGAAGUGGAGAACAAUUCAAAAGCUGGUGUGACUACUCUACAUCCUAGUUUAUUCCCAUGUCUUCUCUUAUUAUCAAGACUUUAUCCUUCUCCUAAUGAUGCUAAUAAUACCAAUAUGAGUAUGUCAUCAUUUAUGCCACAUGUUAUCAGAGCCGGAUGUAGUGCCGUACAUAAGACCCGCAGCAUUGCAGCUACUGCCCUUGUUCCGCUGGUCCCACCUAAUCAGCUAGUACAUACAUUAAAUCAUCUCAUAGAUGUACUACUAGGAGCAGCGAAUCACCCUAAACCACAUCCGAAUGCUAUACAUGGUAUCCUCAUUCAGAUUGAUGGUUUAUUGAAGAAGAAUCUAAGAGAGAGCAUCUUACCCGAGAGCAUCCUAGAUGACCUAACAUCAACCAUUCUUCCUAGAAUUCCUCAACUAAUGUGGCUAGUAUCAAGUGAAAACAAGUCAUACAUCACACGAGCAGUAUUUACAUCAAUUAUCAAGGAUUUCUUUGUGGAUAGCAGAUGGAUGCAAAUACCAAGGUACAGGACUCUCUUAUUGGAUCCAAUCUUAACAGUUGCAAAGAAUGUUGUCGAUUGUGGAGAACUUGAUGAUGUGUCUUCAUCAAGUUGUCCAGGCUUUCAUCAAUGGCAAGGAAUCUUUGCAUCAUUGUGUUUGAAGCUUAGAGAUACAGUCUUGCUCAUGCAAACGGAAGAAGAAGAGAAGGAUCCAGCCCAUAAUUCAGUUUCCAUGCCACCAACAGGGCAACCAAAGCUGUAUCAUCAGCAUCAAGAACAUCCUGAAAGGAAUCCUUCUGAGCUGGGGUGUACAGAGGGCUUACAUCUCUAUUUCCUCCAUUCUACAUUCCCUGAAGUGAGAAUGGUUGCCUUGUCUCACCUUGUCCAAAUAAUGGAACAGUCCACAUGUCAAAGUUCAAAUCUGGGAAAUACCACUACUCAUAUAGGGGUGUGCAAUAAGAAGGAAUUGGUGAAAUCACUGAUGGAUAUGAUGUUACAUGAAGAAGAUCAUCAGUGUUUAGCUAAGGUAUGUGAAGCAUUGAAUGCUGUUGUAUCAUCACCCUCAUCAUCAUCUGGUUUGGUAGAUGAUCCAAAGAUGCUUGUCAGACAGUGUAUUGAUUUAGCCAAAGAAAAUGAUCCAAGAGAAGAGGUUCUUGGUUCUAUUGUUACUUUGACUGGUACAGUACUUCCUUUGAUGGACCUUUCUACUCAGGUUGCAGAUGUUGAUCAACACUUAUUCCAAAGUUGGUUAAAUCUGAUUAAGUCAUGUAGUGGAUCAGAAAGAGGUGCUCAACUCAGACAUGCAGUAGCCAAAGUCAUUCUUCAUUCUGCCAUAUCACUACUUGGUGUACCUCAACAACAUAUAGCUGAUGAACAGUUAUCUCUAUGGGACAUUGUGGUAGCUUUCCUACAAGAUGAUGAUGAUGAUGUUAGGAGAACUGCUGCGAGAUGUGUUAUGAAAACAACUCAUUUGAUUAAGCCUAUGAAAGAAUUUUCAGAAUUCACUACAGAAACGUUCCUGAGGAGAUUGAAUGAUGCUGUAACAGAUGUGGAUACAUGUGAUUACAAUAAGAUGAAAGAAACUCAAAACUCAUCUGAUUGGUCCAUUCUCCUCAACUCAAAGGAGGAGCCUGUUUCUAUGGAAAUGCUGAAGAGAAUGGUAGAAACCUACAGACGUGUCUACAGUAUCCUGCUAAGCAAUGAGAUUGACCUUGGGUCCUGGGAUCUUCACCCAUUCCUGCUGCUAUUUGUGACACCAUAUCUCCUAUCUCAUCUUCAUCUAAAACAAAACCCAAAUGGUAGCCUAGCAACUAUUAUCUGCUGGGUCAGAGAGGGAGGUAUAGAAUCCACAUUCAACAAUGAAGAGGAAUUUGAAGAUCGCUUGUUUGAUAAAGGAGAGGGCAACAGCAAAAAUGAAGAGAUCCAGCUAAGAUUGGCUUCAUAUCUUCAUCUAUCCAAUCUUCAAUCUCAGCUCAAACAAACUCAAACCAAGUUAGAUCCAGCUAAGAUUGGCUUCAUAUCUUCAUCUAUCCCAUCUUCAAUCCCAACUCAAACCAAGUUAGAUCCAGCUAAGAUUGGCUUCAUAUCUUCAUCUAUCCAAUCUUCAGUCUCAGCUCAAACAAAGUUAGAUCCAGCUAAGAUUGGCUUCAUAUCUUCAUCUAUCCCAUCUUCAAUCCCAACUCAAACCAAGUUAGAUCCAGCUAAGAUUGGCUUCAUAUCUUCAUCUAUACCAUCUUCAAUCUCAGCUCAAACCAAGUUAGAUCCAGCUAAGAUUGGCUUCAUAUCUUCAUCUAUCCCAUCUUCAAUCCCAGCUCAAACCAAGUUAGAUCCAGCUAAGAUUGGCUUCAUAUCUUCAUCUAUCCCAUCUUCAAUCCCAACUCAAACCAAGUUAGAUCCAGCUAAGAUUGGCUUCAUAUCUUCAUCUAUACCAUCUUCAAUCUCAGCUCAAACCAAGUUAGAUCCAGCUAAGAUUGGCUUCAUAUCUUCAUCUAUCCCAUCUUCAAUCUCAGCUCAAACCAAGUUAGAUCCAGCUAAGUUUGGUUUCAUAUCUUCAUCUAUACCAUCUUUAAUCCCAACUCAAACCAAGUUAGAUCCAGCUAAGAUUGGCUUCAUAUCUUCAUCUAUACCAUCUUUAAUCUCAGCUCAAACAAAGUAA